AUGAACAGCAAUACAAGCCGAAAGGUGCUUGUCAAACAUCUAGUUUUUUUUCUCUUCUUAAAUUUGGUGAUCGCAUCACCUCAAAUUCAUCUUUAUCUCACUGAUGGAAUAAAUGAAAAUACUGCUUAUAUUGACCAACAACAUGAUUGUCUGUAUUUUGAUCUAAGCGAAGAUCAAUGGUCUCGUGAUAUAAUACCGUUUUGUAUUAGUGAAUUGACGUCGAAAUGGCAUAUUGUAAAGAAUAAUUUUAAUGGAUUGUUUACUUUUGCUGAACUCAGCCGACAAAAUAUCACAAGUGAACAAUUAUAUCAAUGGUCAGCAACCAUAGAUACUAGUGAACGUUAUCAAACUUAUUCGCAUCAACUUUCAAUGGGAAAUGUAUUAUCAGAGUUGGGAAGGGAAAUAUUUUACAAUUGUACAUCACCAGCAUUUGGUCCACAGUGUCAGUAUCAACUGGAUUUUAAUAUAUCUGAUAUAACAUUAAAUGAAUUUAUUCGUAUUUACUAUCGUCAGCACGCUUCUACACCAGAGUCAUUAACCUGUUAUACUCAAUUACAAUGUAAUCGCGGCCCUUUUCCAACAUGUAUAGAUUGGACUGAAAUAUGUGAUGGAAAAUUCGAUUGUACUAAUGGAGCUGAUGAAGAAAACUGUUGGCCACUUAUAACUAAUAAAUGCAAAGAUGGUGAAUAUCGAUGUGAUAAUGGUCAAUGUAUACAUCCAAAAUUCGUUAAUACUGGUACCAGUUUCGAAUGUCUUGAUCGAUCUGAUCAAUUCGCCUCUUUGUCUACAAAUUUUUUUUACAAUGAAUCUAGCGCACCAACAUUAGGAAACGAAGACAUCAUCUGUUCAUGGCGUGAACGUCAUACGAACAAAUUUAUCCAUCCUUUUACAAGUUCAUGUAGAUCCCAACGUAAUGAAAAUAUCGAACAGGCAAUGUUUUUCAAUGUAUCAGAUCCAGCCGUAAAUCAUGAUUGUCUUUUGGCAUUCCAAUGUCAUUCUAAGAUUCCAACAGAUAGCAAUCCACUAUGCUUGAAUUUUUGUCAAAAUGAAACGUGUAUCGAAAUAAUACAAAAUUUUUGUCCAAGGAUUUUAUUUUAUCCAACAGUUCCGAUCGCCUUUGGUCAUAUCUACUUUGCUUAUACAGUCAAAUACGCUAUGAAUUGGGCAGGCAUAAAACCAAUUCCGCCUGAAUAUAUAUGUUAUAAUGAACAACAAUGUGGAGGAUUUGAUUCCAAUGUAACACUAUUAUUCUUAAGAGGAAGUACAUGUCGUCGCCCUCAAGAUUUUUCAAUGUCGAUUGAUUUCAAUGGAGUAGAUUCGUAUUCUACUUAUAUCGAUCUUGUAUACGCCAAUUUUGGUCAUUGUAAUCGUAUGGUACAAGAUAGUUUAGUUUGUGACAGUUCAAUUAUGUAUCAAUGUAGAAAUUCAUCGAAAUGUAUUCCAAAUUCUUAUGUAGGUGAUGAUAUUCGAGAUUGUGAUUAUGAAGAUGAUGAAGAACAAAGUACGAUCGAUAAACAAUGUUUGAUAGAUCAAACUAACACGUUUUUCAAAUGUCAAACAGAAAACAAAUGUAUUCAUCGAAAUCAAGUUGAAAAUCAUAUUUGUGAUUGUAAAAUGGAUGAAUAUGAUAUGUGCGAUGAUGAAGAUAUAGAAUUUAAUAAAAAAAGACGACAAAUUACAUUUUCAAAGAUUUGCGAUCGUUCGAUCGAUCUUCUACCAAUUAUGAUUAAUGGACAAUAUCAUACAGAUGAAACUAAUUGUGAACUAUGGCCAUGUAAUAAUACAUAUACACGAUGUGAUGGUUUUUGGAGUUGUCUUAAUGGAGCUGAUGAAGUUGAUUGUGAUCCAAAACCUAUAAUCAAAUGUCCACCUUAUCAUCAUAUAUGUUUGUCAGUAAACACAAGUCAAUUGAUCUGUUUGCCUAUUGAAAAAGCGAAUGAUGGUAAUGUUGAUUGUUAUGGUGGUAUCGAUGAACCAAUAUUAUAUCCUGUAGAAAUUCAUCUUAAUGAAUUAAUAAAGUUUCAUUGUAAAAAUGAUGUUGACGAACAGUCUUGUAACUUAAUUAUGAGAGAUUUUCGUCGAAAUGAUCCAAGUAAUUCAAAGAUUAAAAAGAAUUCGAAUACAAUUUUAUACAAUACAAUUAAAUCAAAAGUAACAGAUAUUGAAUUAAAGAAAUUCAAAUCAAAUUCAAUGAUAGCACAUUUAUCAAUGAUCAAUAAAUAUGACCAUCGUUGUCAUCGUGGCCUUUCUUUACAAGUUUUGUUAGAUAGUGACAAGAAUUUAACAACACUGACAUGUCUUUGUCCGCCAGCUUAUUAUGGCGAUCGUUGUCAAUAUCAAAAUCAACGUGUUAGUCUCAUUAUGGAAAUCAAUGCACCAUUAAAAUCUCGACAUACAUUAUUUGUACUUGUCAUUACAUUAAUCGAUGAUAGUAUUGAACGAAUUAUUCAUUCAUAUGAACAACUGUCUUAUUUAUUUAUCCGAGAUCGAUAUGCUAAAUUUAAUCUCAAUUUACUUUAUUCUCUUCGACCAAAAAGUUUUACAAAACAAUAUUCAGUACAUAUUGACAUUUAUGAAAUGACUACAUUAUAUUAUCGAGGAAGUUUGCUAAUACCUCUGAAAUUUCCUUUCUUACCUGUCGAACGUAUUGCUAUUCAAAUUAAUAUUCCAGAUCCAAAUAAUAUUAUCACAAAUUGUGCUAAUCAAUGUGUACAUGGUGAAUGUAUUCAAUAUUUAAAUGAUCCAAAACAUAUUAGUUUUUGUCGAUGUAAACUAGGUUGGACUGGACGAUACUGCACUAUUCCUCACAUAUGCAAAUGUUCAUAUGAUUCGUUAUGUGUUGGUAUUGCAGCAAACAAUCGAUCGAUAUGUGUAUGUCCUUUGAACAAAUUUGGUUCUCAAUGUUUUUUAACCAAAACCGUAUGUCAAAACGACUCAUGUUUCAACGGAGGCGUAUGUAUACCUUCUGAUGAACAUAGUGCACUUGAUCAACCAUAUAUGUGCAUUUGUCGAAAAGGAUUCUAUGGAGCAAGAUGUGACGUACCUGAUAACAAGAUUAUUCUUUCAUUUCAGAACAAUCUUGAUUUUCCGUCACAACCCAUCAUAUUUUUUCAUUUCAUUUCCUUUUUCAAUCGUACUCUACAUAUUCACAAUAAAACUUCUAUCAAAAUAUGUGAGAAUAGUACUUCAAUUAUUAGCUAUUGGCCACAUCCAUUUAAUAUUGCUAUCGGUGAACUUUCAAGGAACCAGUACUACUUGGUUGCUAAUGAAACGGUAAAAUAUUCAUCAGUUAUUGUUCGAAAAAUCAAUUCAUCUGACCGUUGUCAAUCUAUAGGCGAAAUAUUUAAUGAAAACAUAACUCAAAUACACCUCAUUCAACGCAUUAAAUAUUAUCAUAUACCAUGUCAAAAUCAUUUAAAUUUAUCAUGCUUUUAUGACGAUAUGUACAUGUGUGUAUGUCAGGAUUUUGGUGAUCAACGUUUAGCUAACUGCUUCGAAUUUAAUCAUUAUGUCAAGCUUGAUGAUUUUGAUUUGUCUCACAACCAACUUGAACGUGAAUGCUUAGAAGAUUAUUCACUUAAUUCAUCGACUCUAUCAACUUCAUUCGUCUCAUCUACUCCAUCAAUUACAUCAAUAUAUAAUGGCAUGUCAUCUAUUUAUGCUUACAAAUAUUUUAUAUAUUUAUUCAUCUUCCUAUUAUCCAUGCUUAUUCAUUACAUAUAA